UUCAGGGUUGACAGGCUGCCGUGCUAGCGUGUGGCGGCUAAGCUAACGGCAACCGUCGCUACAUGUGGAGGGUAGAACGGGAGGCAUUCCUGUCCCUGUAUCAUUUCAAUUUCUUCAUAUUUACUCCUAAGCAACCAUUACGUCAAGGCUAAUCUCAAACAGGGAUAUUAUUUGUGUAAAAUGAAAGGUAGCCGGAUCGAGCUGGGGGAUGUUACGCCUCACAACAUUAAGCAGCUGAAACGUCUGAAUCAAGUCAUCUUCCCUGUCAGCUACAACGACAAAUUUUACAAAGAUGUACUGGAGGUUGGAGAGCUUGCAAAGCUAGCAUACUUCAAUGACAUUGCAGUGGGGGCUGUGUGCUGCAGAGUGGAUCACUCUCAGAACCAGAAGAGGCUGUAUAUCAUGACACUGGGUUGUCUAGCACCCUACCGUAGACUUGGAAUCGGUACAAAGAUGCUGAACCAUGUGCUAAACAUAUGUGAGAAGGAUGGCACUUUUGACAACAUUUACCUUCAUGUGCAGAUCAGUAACGAGUCAGCUAUCGACUUUUACCAGAAGUUUGGCUUUGAGAUUAUCGAGACAAAAAAGAAUUACUACAAGAGGAUAGAACCUGCAGAUGCCCAUGUGUUGCAGAAGAGUCUGCGCAGCCCAUGUGCGCCACCCAGUGGAGAGCUUCAGAAAGUAGAGUAGGGGCACACAGCUUUUUUUUUGAGGGGGGGGAAGAGAAGCACAUGUGCCCAUCCACACAGAAACAGAACUGUGACAGAUGCCCAAGGUCAACACAUUCAUCAGUUUCUUCAAAAGGACGCUAGAAAGACAAAACAGUUUUCCAGUAUAAAAAAAAUGCUGCAUUUAUUUUGCAAAGUUUUUUUUUUUCUUCUGCAUAUUUUAUUGUUCCCUUUAUUACAUUUGGUUAUAUGAAAAAUGGCAGAAAGCUCUGUACCCAACGAAUUGGUUUGUCAAGGUGAAAAAGCUUGCAUUGAACAGACGGGGAGAGUGUGGUGAGGUGGUUGGUGUUCUGUUUUCAAACCUUACCAUUUGUUUUAGAGUUGUUUGUUAUGCGGUGACCAAACCUUAUGGGGACAUAUCUAUAUUUUGGAGGAAAAGGAAGCAGUUUGAAAGACCAUGCCCCUUGGCUGGUGAAUUUGGAGUGUUAGCUGGAGCUGAUCCAUUGAACAGACAAGACUUUUUUCUUUCUGGGAAGUUGGAGAGACCAGUUUGUCGAUGCGUCCAAAUGGGAGAAGCAGAAAUGUUUUCCCACGGUACUGACACGACGGAGUCUGAAAAGUUUGGUUGUGGUCGAAUUUGUUGGCACCACUCUUAAUUUCCAGAGAACCUCUUUUUAAUUUAACUCCCCUGAAAUGUUAUUUUUAUUUUUCAGUCUUACACGGCAAACGGUUCAGAGGUUCCCCUGGGUUUACGAUUAACAGAGAGAAAUAUCUUGUGUGUGGGGGAACUGAAGGAGAAGUUGCAGUAUUGAAGUGGUUCAGGAAUCUGACAUGAAUAUUUAGGGGGUGUAUUGAUAUAGAUUGAUUGGCUUAAAUUGAUUUAAUUUGAGAAUAAUUUGCUUAAGGUGGGUAAGUAUUCAUUUCUUAAUCACCUUUAGCUCCCUAUGUAGCGACCUUUCAAAUAACUUCAUCAGGAAGCUUUUGUUAUUGCACCCAUAUGAGGUUUUCAUGCCGUUCUGACGGUUUAACCCAGAAGAAGCUCUGACCCCUCUGCAUGCAAUGAGAGUUGUUCUCUCUACUGUAGUAUACGCAUGUUUUUGCUUUCUUUGAAGAAUUUUAUCUUUUCUGGAGCUCUAUAUUGUAAGACUUUUUAACAUCUAAAUAAAGGAAUUACUAUUUGC